GUUAUAAAAAGAGAAAUGCGCAAGUAAGAGUGAAUAGAGAGAGAGAGAGAGAGAUCUGGAAGAAGAGAUGAGUGAGGCGCAGAAGCAGGUGUGGGAAGGGGCCAUUCCUCUGCAGAUUCAUCUCCACCAAUCUGAAGUCACCACUCUCCCUCCUCCUCCACCUGCUCUCCUGUUGGCCCCCAGGAUAGGCUACUUGCCUUUGUUGAUUUCGCUUUUGAAGCCUCACUUCAGCACCGCGCUUCCCCCUGGAGUUGACACCAUUUGGUUUGAAUACAAGGGCCUUCCUCUUAAGUGGUAUAUACCCACUGGUGUUCUUUUUGAUCUUCUAUGCGUGGAGCCCGAGAGGCCGUGGAAUUUGACGGUACACUUUAGAGGAUAUCCAAGUAAUUUGUUGCUUCCUUGUGAAGGUGAAGACAGCGUGAAGUGGAGCUUUAUAAACUCAUUGAAAGAGGCUGCAUAUGUAAUAAAUGGUAAUUGCAAGAAUGUCAUGAACAUGUCGCAUCCUGAUCAGGUGGAGCUUUGGGGCUCUGUUUUAAAUGGGAACCUGGAAUCUUAUCAACGGGUGGCAUCUAAGCUUAAGCUUGGAACUUUUGAAGACGAAUAUGCUGAAAAUAUCAGUUCAGGCUCGAUCAAAUCUCCACAAAGUACAGGGGAUAUGGAUGCUGCGGGACAAGUGAAGACCGGUAGGAUUCCUGUUCGUUUAUAUCUGUGGACUGUGAAUGAGGAGUUUGAUGAUUUUGAAGAUGCUCCUCAAAUUGAUAAUUGGGACAAAGUCUCGUAUAUCAAUCGACCUGUUGAGAUUCACAGGGAAGAUGGUAAAUUCUUUAGCUUAAAUGAGGCAGUUAAAAGAAUAUUGCCCGAGUUUUUUCCGGAAAAUUCCUUCGUAAGUGAAGGAGAUGCUAACAUCAACCAAAGUGCAGGAGAAGAGGGAGAAAGUUCAUCCGAUCCGUGGUCAUCUUGCCACCCACUUGAGCUUGCUGAAAUCAAAUUUAUACGCAUUCAAGGGAUAGAACCAAUUUUAGACAUACCUUUUUCUUGGGUGGUUAACAACUUGAUGAAUCCCGAGUAUUUUCUUCAUAUUUGUGUUUGCUUGAAAGUUUCGAAGGUCAAUGCUAUGCUAUAGGGAUAAAUUUAAUUAUGUUGGGCAUACAUUUAAUGGAAAAAUCAGAAGGUGCAAUUCUUUUGUACAUAAAUGUACAGACAGUUUCAUAUCAUAUUCUUUUCAUAAUUCGAUUGCUAUUUUCCACUGCAAGGUGUAAUAAAUGUUUACAGAUUAUUUUUUAAAUCCAAUUAUGUGUACUGUUUCCCUGCAAAUAGUGG